GUGUACACGUCCUUUCUGUGGCUGAUACAGCUAGAAUUGAAAUCAAAUUUAUAUGUUAAUAGCCAUACUUUAUUCUUCUCUGCAAUACCAACCAAUUGAAUGUAUUUGGGAUGUCUGCGACUGACUGGUACGCGCAUAAAUCGCUGGAAAACGGUGUGUUUUGGAUCCAAGAGCGCUUUUAUGAAUCGGGGAACAGGGCGAAUAUUUGGCUCAUACGCGGGUCCCAUCAGGACGUCGUCAUAGAUACCGGGCUGGGGUUACGCAGCCUGCCUGAAUACAUCAACGUCAAAGAGCUGUUAGGGGACGAUUCGAAGCGAAAGAACCCUCUGUUAGCUAUCGGCACGCAUGUGCAUUUCGACCAUUCGGGUGGGCUGCAUCAGUUCCAACAGGUGGGCGUGCACAAGGCGGAGGUGGAUGCUCUGGCUAACGGAGAUAACUUCGAGACCGUGACAUGGCUAUCUGACCGCGAGAUCGUGGAGAACCCUACAUCUGGGUGGAGAGCGAGACAGUACCGAGUGAAGGCUGUCACACCCACUCACAUAUUACAAGAAGGUGAUGUCAUCAACCUAGGGGACCGGCAGCUUACUGUUCUCCACAUGCCAGGUCAUUCCAGAGGAAGCAUCUGUCUCCAUGACAAGGAGAGUAAGAUGCUCUUUAGUGGUGAUGUGGUCUAUGAUGGAUCCAUGAUUGAUUGGCUGCCCUACAGUAGGAUCAGUGACUACGUGUGUAGCUGUGAAAGGCUGCUGGAGAUGGUUGAUAAAGACGAGGUUGACCUGGUCAUGCCUGGCCAUUAUCAUACUUUCGGGAGCAAACGGCUUCAUCGGUUAGCUUCCAACUAUAUCGCUAAUGCCGGUACCUGCCACAGAGCUUCCACAUGUGUGGUGAAAACCAUUGCCAGCCUUGCACUUCGAGCCUCCAACUCCCGAAGUGCCUGUUAGUAGUUAAGAUGAAGACUACUAUGCAACCGCAUCUGUCACAGCACACCUCAAUAUUGAGCACAAUAAAACACUGAGCAAUACAGUGUGGUAAUAAUGAUAUACAGGAACUACAGAGCACAGUCCUGUUAAGCCAAGUGCACACAACAAGAUUGAAGCUUCAUGCCUUUUCAUGUUUAAAAAUUGCAACUAACAUCAUACCCCAAAUUGUAGCAUAUAGCUGAUGUUCUUCUAGUGCACAAUUCUGAGACACACUUUGAAUAGUAGGGGGUGAGAAUGAUCUUGUAAUUGAUGCACCUAGUCUGUGAUAAUUUGAGUAAACUGUGCAACAAAAGUACAGAAAACAAAAAAACAGUUUUUAAAUCUGUAGUUUGUAAUUUCUGUGAUACCAGAAAAUUCCCCUAGUCUUGAAUUGGUUGAACAAACUGAUAGUUCCAUCUCAAACUAUCACAAUUGAUUUAGUCAAUAUUGUUGUGUCAGGCUGUAUGGGCUGCUCAAACAAACAGAGAAUGUUUUGAUAGCGCCACAGUGUUACACUUUUAGGUGAAAUUAACCUACACAUGGCUUACAUAUAGUUAAGUUAUUUACAUGUAUGCAUUUUGGCAGAUGCUUUUAUCCAAAGUAACUUACAGUACAUUCAAGAAAUACAUUGUAUUGGUUUGCAUGUUCCCUGCAUGGGAAUUGAACCCAUGAUCUUGGUGUUGCUAGCACCAUUCUCUAUAAAUUGAGAUACAGUAAAACAUAUUUAUCGUUGGAAACGUAUGAAGCUGGGAUACAAGAACUAAUAUUAGCGUUGGAUAAAACUUGCACACGUUUACUAUACACAGGCUUUCAGUCUUAUAGUGUUAAUUUGGCAUAUUAGUCUAAGUAUAGGGGUUGUAUUGUGAGUGUUUAACUUGGUAAGAAAACAAUUAUUGUGCUGCAUCCAGUUACUUGUCAUAAAAACAAUAAUAAUUGAUAUUGCCAUAUUUUUAAUGAGUAAUUUCAUAUUUUAAAGGAAUAUCCUUGGUUUAAUAGAAGUGAAUCUCUAUCAACAGCACCGGUAUUAUGCUGUCAGUUACUACAGAAAAUAUUGUAUGUACUUAAAAUAGAAGUCUAUUGAGAAAAUAUACAACAAUGACUUGAAAGUGCAUUUCUGUCAAUAUGUAUUUAGGUUGUUUUGGAAAACUAAAGGAUGAGUUGGUCAGGUGCUGCCAAUAAACCCUUAACUUGUAUUUAACUUGGAAUAUUCCUUUAAUGUAGAAAAACUUAAACUCUUAAAUCUGUAUUGUAAUCAUUUGUGUUUUUUGAGGUUUACUGAACUGAAGGUUUACUGAACUCAAAGACCAUGCAUUCUUCAAUAGUAUGUAUUCAGAUCCCCCCCAAAAAGUUUGCACCCCCUUGCAAGACGUUUAUCAUGAAAAUAUAUAUACAAAAUGGAGAUCAUAAAAUAUAAUUUUUUUUUUUUUUUGUGCUGCCUGAUGAAGCUAUUUUACAUAAAAUAUAUACAUAUAUUCCACAAGAUAAAGUAAUCGCUGAAUUUACACAAAUUAUCUGUAAUUAAAUUAAACAUUUACAUCACCUUGGUUCUUAAUAUGGUGUGUUGCUUCCUUGCUGAUCAAUGACUGUUUGUAUCUUUUUUGAUAGUUGUGCACGAGUGCUUUGUGUGAGCAAUGGCUAUGUGACGUUGAGAUCUAGAUUUUGACACUUGAGACAAAUUAAGGGACACAUGCACAUCUAUUACAAAAGGCUCAAACAUUCAUUGAUGCUCAAGUUUGCAACACACUACAUUAAGAACCAAGGGGAUGUAAACUUUUGAACUGGAUGUUUUGUGUAAAUUGUUAUUUUGUCUUUUGGGAUAUACACCCGCUGAAUACUUUUAUUAGGAACACUAUUGUCCUAAUAAAGUGCCAAUGCGGUCUUCUACUGUUGUAGCCCAUCCCCCUCAAUGGUUGACGUGUUGUUACUGUAGUCUUUCUGUCAGUUCAAUCCAGUCUGGCCAUUCUCCGUUGACCUCUCCCCAUCAACAAGGUGUUACCGACUUUUGUGCAUGAAAAUCCCAGGAGAUCAGCAGUUACAGACAUUUUCCCCAUUCUGAUGGUUGAUUUGAACAUUAACUGAAGCCCCUGACCUGUAUCUGCAUAAUUUUAUGCAUUGCUGAUUAGAUAAUUGCAUGAAUAAGUAGGUGUACAAGUGUUCCUAAUAACGUUCUCAGUGAGUGUAUGUAAAUAUUGUUAUGUAGCCUCUGAAGGGCAGUACUAAAAUACAAAUAAUAUCUCAUCUUUUUAAAUUUGAUAAAUUCUAAAAGGCCAUGUAAAAUAAUGAGACAAAAGGAGGAUGGAAACUUAUGCACUCAACUAUAAGAAUGUGGCUGCCAUAAAGCUGAAAUAUUUACACUUUGAAUCAUUUUUAAAUAUAUCAUACAUUGCAAGUUAAUUGUAUUUGAAGCGGCAGAUGUUUAUUAGUGUCAACGAGAGACAAGGUUAAAAUGUAGUAGCAUACUGUUGACUUGUUUUAUAUGGCUGUUUCUGCAUGCGAUAUUGACGUAGCACAGCAUGGAAACAGAAAACAUUCUAUUAUUAUAAGCCAUGAGUGAAAUGUGUUGUGUAUAUGGUCAAAGUGCAAUACUAAUGAGCAUAAGAAUCAUAAUCUCUUUUAGUGAGUCACGUGAAAGAAAUAUGACUAGCCUUCACUGGAAGAUGCCUGAAUGUUUAUUUUUAUUUGGUUUACUUCACACUGCCUCCAUACUAGUAAUUAUCUUUAGUAUUGCAAACUGCACAAUGGCUUUGCUUUAUUCCUAUUAGUAAUUUAGAACCAGAGACAUCAGUGUGUCUUGAAGGACAGUAGGUGGUUUUUGGUCAGCCAAAUUCUGAUUUUCUUUCUUCAGUAAGACACUGCCUUAGUUUCAAGCUAAUGUAAGGGCCUCUCUAGUGUUCAAAUGUCAAAAUAUCACAUUUUGUGGGUUUAUGAGAUAGGAUGUUUAAGGAACUUUGAGAAUUACUGAAAUUAAGUCACUCAUUUAUGUUGCCAAACUACAAAUAUGCUACUUUGUAUGAUUCAUUACUUAAAUCAUUCAUAUACUGAAAUGUAAUUUCCAUUUAAUUAAGAAGUAUCAUGUACACAAGAGAAGAAUGCGUUUGUGUGAACAUGACCAUGAUAAAUGUUAUGUAUUUUACCAGUGUGUAUAUGAAUUUACAAUUGAAGUGAGCUUGUAUAUGUGUACUAUAUUUCUGCUCAGGAAUCUGUUCUUGAAUCCAUGCAAAAUGAGCAGUGCUAUACAUAUUAUUUAGUGCCUCUUGGAGAGUGAACAAACUAAUACCUCGCAGUGCCAUGAUUUAAUACCCAGGCACCUGUUUAACAAUAUACUCACUUUCGAUUCUGUAUAGUCUGGGUGUCCAUGUUAUU